AUGAGCGAUAACACACCUGCACCUUACCGCUUUUGUAGCUCGAAGUUGGCAGCAUGGAGUGCUAUCGAUGUGACGGUAACUGGACGUCUUAUCCUUCUGGUGAUGUGUGGGUCCUUCAAUCCUAUUCAUCGGGCACACCUUGCCAUGUACGACGCUGCCCGCGAUGCAUUGAUGCAUCCCACAGAACCCACUGACGUCUCUUCCGCCGUUGUCGUUGCAGGCGGCUUCAUCUCACCUGUAAAUGACCAUUAUGGAAAGGAAAGUCUUCGCCCUUUUGAGCAGCGUGUAGCCAUAUGCAGGGCAGCACUGGCCGAUCAUCCUUCCCUGGCUGUUGACGAGUGGGAGGGUCUACAGCCGACGCACAUUCGCACGUUUUACGUCUUAGAGCACCUUCAGAAAACUGUGCAGCAGUGGUAUGAAACUGAUGCGGUGCCCAAUAAGACACAGUUGGAGUGGGUGCGACAACAUCCCGUGCGAGUGGUGUUUCUGUGCGGGAGUGAUUUGUUUGCAACCUUUUUGAGGCCUGGCUGCUGGUCGUUGGGGCUGCUUAGGCGGCUGUUGGAAUCAUUUGAGGUGAUGGUCACGCGACGCGCGGGAUCGACCACGGGGUGCGCGGAGGUGCUGCGUCAGCACGGUUCUCUGCUGCAGGAGCGCGUUGAGGGCACUGGAGAUGGCCAUGGUACGACACUCAUGACACUUGAUCUAUCUAUGUACCGCUUUAUGGAGGUUGAAAUCUUUACGAAUAAUAUUUCUUCCACCGCAAUCCGCGAGGCACUAGCGGCAAAUCCCAGCGCUGAGAUAGAUAGCCUUGUCCCCGCUGGUGCCGAGUCGCUCAUUCGUGCCUUCUACACAAACGAUGCAGGGCUGUGUUGA